AGACAGAGCUGACGAGAAAGGAGGCAGAGGUGACGAGGGCAGAGGAGACUAUCAGGAGAGAGCAGCAGCAGAUUCAGGAGAUGAGACAGAGAGAGACUGAGUUAGUGCAGGCCAAGGACAGGGAGAUAGCUCUGCAGCAGCAACUGGGGGAAAAGGAGCAGCAGAUUCAGGAGAUGAGACAGAGAGAGACUGAGUUAGUGCAGGCCAAGGACAGGGAGAUAGCUCUGCUUCAGCAGCAACUGGGGGAAAAGGAGCAGCAGAUUCAGGAGAUGAGACAGAGAGAGACUGAGUUAGUGCAGGCCAAGGACAGGGAGAUGCUCUGCUUCAGCAGCAACUGGGGGAAAAGGAGCAGCAGAUUCAGGAGAUGAGACAGAGAGAGACUGAGUUAGUGCAGGCCAAGGACAGGGAGAUGCCUCUGCUUCAGCAGCAACUGGGGAAAAAGGAGCAGCAGAUUCAGGAGAUGAGACAGAGAGUUAGUCUAGUGUGUGGAGUUGUGUGUUGUGACUAGAGGUCCUCCUGACUGCAGGAGACUGAGUUAGUGGAGGCCAAGGACAGGGAGAUGCCUCUGCUUCAGCAGCAACUGGGGGAGAAGUCUUACACAUGUCAGGUCAGUGGACCUGGUCUGACAUCAGCCACGGUCAACCAAUCAACACACGUCCUAGUCCAACUAACUGACUGUAGUGGUAGACCACACUCACUUCCAUUGAAUGUCACCGCACAACUUGAUCUUGUUUCAAAAGCCACACCCACAAAUCAACCUGAAGCCACACCCACUAGAUCAAGGUGGCCUCGGUCGAAGAAACAGCCAGAAAAACAGGUAUCGGUUGCCAUGACGUCUCCCUCCCAAUACGAGGUGUCGUACACACCAGUCAGUCGAGGCCAACACAAACUCCAUGUUCAAGUCAACGACAGAGAAAUCAAUGGCAGCCCCUUCUCUGUGACCGUGUACCCUGACCCCAGACAACUAGGCCACCCAGUGAGGACUGUGACUGGAUUUGUCCGUCCAUUUGGCAUUGCCUUCAACAGUCAUCAGGAGAUGAUUGUCAGUGAAUGGGGUGGUCAUAAAGUGUCUAUCUUUGACAUCAGAGGACAGAAAAUCCGAACAUUUGGAUCACGUGGUGACAGUCCAGAUCAGAUGGAAUCCCCUGCAGGCAUAGCAACUGAUGAUGCUGACAAUAUUUAUGUGAGCAGUUGGCACAAGCUGCAGAAGUUCACUAGCAGUGGUGAACUGAUCAAAUGUAUUGGUCGGAGGGGCAGUAAUGAGGGGGAGUUUGAUGUUCCACGUGGAGUAACACUGUAUGACAAUCAAGUGUAUGUGUGUGAUAGCAAUAACGAUCGCAUUCAGGUGUUUGACCUCGACUUGAACUUUGUCCGAUCCAUUGGCUCACGUGGCAAAGGAAGAGGUGAAUUAGAUGCACCAGAUGAUGUCAAAUUUGACACUGCUGGGAACAUGUAUGUAGCUGAGUUUGGUAAUGAGCGAGUGCAAGUAAUGGACACCAGUGGCCAAUUCAUACGAAUAUUUGGUCAGGAAGGAGAGGGA